AUGGGUUCUAUUGAGAUUGUAUGGAGCAAUAACUUCGAGGAUGCCAUGAGUAAAAUUGCGGUUCUGAUGGAGACUUUUCCGAUCGUUGGCGUCGAUACCGAGUUUCCGGGUUUCUUGCAUAACACCCCACGAGCAGCUUCUGAAUCUGAACGGUAUGAUGAUCUGAAAUACAAUGUGGAUAGGAUGAAGAUUAUACAGCUGGGUAUAACGUUGUUUGAUCGGUUUGGGGUGAUAGGGGGUGUUUGGCAGAUUAACUUCUGCAACUUUGAUCCUGAUUUGGAUGAUCAUGUUUCCUCUUCCAUUGAGUUGUUGAAAAGGAAUGGUAUUGAUCUGGUAAAGAACAAACGAGAUGGGGUAGAUGCGUACACGUUUGCUGACAAGUUUUGUGAGAUCUUGGUGAGGUAUGGUAGAGAUAGGGUUCGGUGGGUGACAUUCCACGGACUCUACGACUUGGCUUACAUGUUGAAGAUUGUGAUUCGUGAUGAAUUGCCAAGUUCGAUUAUGGGGUAUGUUGAACACAUUGGCCAUGUCUUUGGUCGUGUGUAUGAUGUCAAGUUUAUGGCGAAAUAUUGCCACGGGUUGUUGGAUGGUGAACUAGGAUUGGAAAAGCUCGCCAAACUGUUAGAUGUGGAGCGAUUUGGGGAAGCACAUCAGGCUGGUUCGGAUAGUUUAUUGACUGCUGCUACGUUCUCCAAGAUGAAGGGUGUCUAUGGGCUACCAGAGAUGAUGUUUGAAGGAUUCUUGUAUGGGAUCAGUGCUAGGAUCAAGAGGCCUCGUCCAAUGAUUGCAGUUUUGCCACCGCCGCCUCAGCCAAUUUUGAUGAAGAUUAUACGGCUGGGUAUAACAUUGUUUGAUCGGUUUGGGGUAGUAGGGGGUGUUUGGCAGAUUAACUUCUGCAACUUUGAUCCUGAUUUGGAUGAUCAUGUUUCCUCUUCCAUUGAGUUGUUGGAAAGGAAUGGAAUUGAUCUGGUAAAGAACAAACGAGAUGGGGUAGAUGUGUACACGUUUGCUGACAAGUUUUGUGAGAUCUUGGUGAGGUAUGGUAGAGAUAGGGUUCGGUGGGUGACAUUCCACGGACUCUACGAUCUAGCUUACAUGUUGAAGAUUGUGAUUCGUGAUGAAUUGCCAAGUUCGAUUAUGGGGUAUGUUGAACACAUUGGCCAUGUCUUUGGUCAUGUGUAUGAUGUCAAGUUUAUGGCAAAAUAUUGCCACGGGUUGUUGGAUGGUGAACUAGGGCUGGAAAAGCUCGCCAAACUAUUAAAUGUGGAGCGAUUUGGGGAAGCACAUCAGGCUGGUUCGGAUAGUUUAUUGACUGCUGCUACGUUCUCCAAGAUGAAGGGUGUCUAUGGGCUACCAGAGAGGAUGUUUGAAGGAUUCUUGUAUGGGAUCAGUGCUAGGAUCAAGAGGCCUCGUCCAAUGAUUGCAUUUUUGCCACAGCCGCCUCAGCCAAUUUUGUUGGGAUAA